AGCAUGUAAGAGUUCCAGUGGACUCGCUGACGGCGAGCACGAGUAGGGGUGCGUCUGAGCCAUCGCAUCGUGCAGCAGCAGGGGGAGCAGCAGCAGCAUCGGGCAAGGCUGGUUCGGGCGCAAUGUCCGCUCCAGCGAGACAUGGGGGCGCAUCGUCGUCGGCAUCGACGCCAUCGCAUCAUGUUUCCGCGAGCGCGACCGUCAGCCCCGCCUCGGCGCGCGGCGGUCGUACCGCUCUGCCCUCUGAAGGAGGCACCCAGCGCGCGAUGAUGUACGGUCUGCGCAUGGACCUGCACUACAGCGAGGAGACGCACCGCAUGACGGCGCUGCUCGAGGCGCCCGGCCUGCGGCGCUCGGACGUGUCGAUCGUCCUGAACACGACUGUGAACUCGCUUCGGCAGGUCGUCGUUGCCGGGCGCGCGCGCCCUGUCCUUCCCGAGCUGGGCUAUACGGUGCGCGAGCGCAAGUACGGUGAUUUCAAGCGGACGAUCGUUGUCCCGAACCACGUCCAGCUGCAAGAUGUUUCGGCGCGCGUGGUGGAUGGGAUUAUCACCAUCGAGGUCGACUGCGGGCCACCCGGAGACCGGACGACGCAAGAAGUCGAAAUCCAGUCGUGAAGACCGUCGCCUGCCGGCAUCCGUCAGUCGUUGUCGCCCGCCCGUUCGUCGUCGCCAUCACCAUUCGUCACCUCUGUCUGCCUCAAGUGUCAUGAACCGUGCCUCGUCCCCUGGCAAGGCACCAUGAUCGUGAUUUUGCGCUUUGUUGCUGACAACCUUCAUCUCUUCUAGCCUACUUGUCCUCAACAUGCUCCGCCUCACCCCCCGCCGCUCCCCCGCCUGAGACCCCGCCCCCGGAUCUUCCUCGCUUGCUCGUCUUUUCCAUACGAUACUCUUGACUCGCCGCCUCAUUCUGCCGCUCUCGACGCCUCACCUUACUUCACGUCUCCGCUACGAACCCACCAAGACCAACCUCCUGUUCAUACACUACCUAUA